GAAAGAAAAUGUAAGCAUGAGGCUGGGCUGGCCCGGCCCAGAGCGGGACGAUCACAUGGUGCCUGCUGAUUGACACUGGAGCUGCGGACUGAGGCUGCCUGCGACUCGCUGUUGUGGAAACCCAGAGAAACGCUGAGCAGUGGAAAUGAGAAGGCGAAGGAGAGAUGGCCCGGUCAGCUAGUGAUGGGGAAUCCGAGCAGCAGGUAGCCGGCUCCAACGACGUGCUGGAGCUGCAGGUUUUAUCCUUGGAUGAGAUCCUGAGAGCCUACGAACAGCCGAUCAAUGAAGAACAAGCUUGGGCGGUGUGUUACCAAUGCUGCCGAUCCCUGCACAGAGACUGGCCCCGGGAACAGGUGCGCGUCGGCCGCGUCCGGGAGCUCGCAGCUAUCCUUCUGCAUCGGGAUGGCACCGUGUCCCUCUGCGAAGAGCAGAAGAGGCCCUCACAUGCAGAUCCAAAGAAGAAAAUAUCCCCUCCAUUAUGUACAGAAAGACAGAUGGUGCAGUCCCUUGGAUUUGCUAUUUACCGAGCUCUGGAUUGGGGUUUGGAUGAGAAUGAAGAGCGGGAGUUGAGCCAACAACUGGAACAGCUUAUUGACCAGAUGGCCAACAAUGACUCUGAAGGCAGCAAUGGCACAGCUGACGAAGGGUACAGCGGGCAGGAUGAGGAGGAGGAGAGUGACGGCUCACCACGUUCUGUCAGUACUUUUGAACAAGUUAUGAAGGCAUGCACUAAACAUUUGUUGGACCAAAGUGAGGCAGAUGCACAUUUUCAAGCUGUCUGCAAGGCUUUAUUUGUGGAAACAUUGGAAUUACAAACAUUCCUAGUGAAAAUUAAGGAAGCUAAAGAGUUGCUGAAGAAGAUGCAGACUGGAGAGUCACAGCAGAUCCCACUGGUGGAAUUGGACAACCUCAACCACACAGACUGGGCUCGUCUUUGGGUACAGCUGAUGCGAGACCUCCGCCAUGGUGUAAAACUUAAGAAAGUUGAAGAAAAGCAGUACAACCCCCUUCCCACAGAAUACCAACUUACGCCAUUUGAGAUGUUAAUGCAGGACAUUAAAGCACGGAAAUAUAAACUACGCAAAGUCAUGGUUGAUGGUGACAUCCCACCAUGCGUGAAGAAAAAUGCCCAUGAGCUCAUUCUUGAGUUUAUAAGAUCACGGCCUCCAUUAAAACCGGUCUCUGAAAGGAAUCUACGGCCCAAACCUCAAAAGCCACGCAGUUUACAUGAGCGGAUCUUGGAAGAGAUAAAGUCAGAAAGAAAACUUCGACCAGUGCCAACUAUUGGUGGAAAGAAAAACAAAGAGAUGAUAUUUGGAUCAUUGCCAUGUCUGGUACAUGCCUGCACCGAUGAGCUGAAGUCAACUUCGUGCAUGGACCUCUCAGUUCCUGAGGCAAUGGGAAGUGCGCAGAGACCUAGACCCAAGGUUCUACUUAAAGCACCAACACUGGCUGAAAUGGAUGAAAUGUGCAUUUCAGAGGAAGAAGAUUCACCAAGUGGAGAAAUGCAAAGGGUUGCCGGCUCCCCAGUUCCUCUGAAACGUGAUCGCUCAUUCUCAGAACGUGAUCUCAUCCAGCUGCAGGCUGAAUUUGCCUUGUCUCAUUCGGACUCAGACUCUCUCUCAACAGAGGAUUCCCACACAAGGUUACGUUCAGGGACUGAAUCCGUAACCAGAGCUGUGUCUGAGCAUAAAGCAGAUCAUAACGAGGAGGUAUGGUCUAUGGAGGCUCAUAGAACUCGUUCUUCUUCUGCAGGGGGAGGGAUCCUGCGUACUUCAAGGAGUAUUUCUGAGAACCGUUCAAAUUUUUCCAAAUGCUCGUUGAUGGAGGAGUUCAGUCACCCUGUAGAAAGUCUGGCACUGACUGUGGAAGAAAUAAUUAAUGUUCGAAAAGUCUUGGUUAAAGCUGAAAUGGAAAAGUUUCUGCAAAACAAAGAUCUCUACAAUGGCCUGAAAAAGGGGAAGGUAUGCUGCUGCUGUAAAACUAAGUUCCCCAUGUUAUCGUGGCCUUCAACAUGUCUCUUUUGUAAAAGAUCUGUCUGUGGUUCCUGCAGUUUGAAGAUUAAGAUACCUUCCAAGAAACCUGCCCAUAUACCAGUCUACACUCUGGGUUUUGAGAAUACUCAAGGAGCCCGUCAGACACAAUCUUCCCAGGCAAAAGCACUCUUCCAAUCUCAGUCCUUGAGGAAUAUCAGUAACCGGUCGGUAGAACAGGAAUUCCCACACCUUUAUGCACAUGGCUGUAGCUUCAAGGAUAUUUGUGCUGAAUGCACAAAAUUUGUUGCUGAUGUCAUUAAUUCAAGCAGAAUAAGUAUGGACCUUCUGAACAACACUCCUUCAAGGAGAAUUCAGUCUAUGUACUCGUGCUCCACCAGAUCUUGAGAGAAGUACAAGAAGCAACAACUGGCUGACAUCAUGUAGUCCUUGGACAAAGUUGUCAGCAGUCACACUGCAUGAGCUAUUGUUAAUCCCUAAACCAACUGAAUGUGAUAUUUCGAGGCUGUGCCCAACUCAUUCUGACCAACUACAAACAUGACACAUAGUAACCAGGAAAGAUACAAAAGAACUGGAGUUUAUAGAGGUCAUGUUUAACAUUUUCAUGGUAAAACUCUUUUCACAUUGAGGCAAGGUAGUUGUCACACAGUUGAUGUGCUUUAUAGCCUUCUAUGAAUUCUUGGAGAUUAGGCCUUUAACUUUUGAGAUGGUGGCAAACUCAAUUUUCAUUCUUGCUGUUAACCAGCUAUAAAAGCUGAUUAGGUAGAGGAGAGAUAUUCAAAUUCAAUACUUGAAAUACUUCCACGUUGACACGUCGAGAGACUGAGUCAGGUUGGAAUGUAGACCAUUGGAAAUCUAUUUUAUUCUUAUUUUAACUACAAUUAAAUUCCAUUCCUUUCUCAGUUUUUGUUUUCUUGCUACUAUCUCCGGAAGACUAGAUCACUAAUAGUUCUGUUCCCUUGCAAAUGAAACGUGUACUGCUGACAUUUAAAUUCUGGGACUUUAUUUUGCGCUAAACUAGUGAGUGUUUUCAGCCCACACUCAAAAUUAGCACAGCAACAGAUUAAAUACAGAUUUUACUUCAAGUGCAAUUUUUGAAUUAUUGACCUUGCCAUGUGCACUGCUGUGGUUGUGCAUGAAGCCUAUCACAAUAUAAAACAAAGCAUCAGAGUUGACACUGCUUUAGGGCAGCUCAAAUGAUUUUUUUUUAAUGUUCUUGAUUCUGUUGCACUUUACUGAAUAGAAUAAACAAGUCGCUUUGAACCAGAGCAGUAUCAAAGGCAUAAAUGAUGGUUGUCAGAGUCCAAUAACUGUACAGUAUGUUUUAAAACGUUCAUUCUGGAGCUAAAAUAUUUUGUAUUAGGUGUAUUGAUAAUGUAAAAAAUAAUGUAUAUACAAAGAUAUGGCAUCUGAAAAGCUCAACUGGCACUACAAGAUAAUUUAAUAAAUGAUUAAGCAUGCAAUAUUCAGCAUUUGAUUGCUUAAUCAUUUAAGUUUCAAUUUCUUUAUCCCAUAUCUUUAAUAAUUCAAAUAAUUAAAAUGAAGAGUUUUGAAUAAAGUGAGGUUUGCAUACAACAACCAUGUUUAAUAUUAACUGUUGUGGAGAUUAUUUUUCAUCACUGUAUAUUUGGACCAUACACAGAUAGUGAAUGUCUAGGUAGAAUAUUGAAAGCCCAAGUAUUCUCAUAAUCUCAUCUUUCCAUUACCUGGCAUUACCUGAAUCCAGUAAACAAGCAAAUGCCAAUUAAAAAAAAAAGCACCAACCGAACCACAAAUGGUUUAGACAUCAGCACUGAGUUUUGGAUUAAAGUAAUUCAAGGACAUUAGAGUUUAUAUCAUGUUAAACAGUCCAUUUAGAUUAUUUUGUAACACUAAAAUGAGCAUUUUACAUCUCGAGCAUCAUAUUAUGCUCCUUUCAUAUUUCUGAAAUUCUGACUUAUCAAACACACAUUACCAGCGAAAUACAGGUUAAAGGCAGACUGCUGCUGACAGUUGCACAUAUUCUAAAGAAAACUCCACAUUUUAAAGCUGUUACAUUUUUAAACUUAAUGUAUAACAAUGGGGAGAAAAAGGCAGCUAGUUAUUUUAACUCUUUCAGAGAUCAUUUAUAGUUUCUGUACCUUUAUGGUAUCAUUGCUAAUACUCACAACAUGCUUGUUUUUAAAAAGCUACUUUUUGUCUGACUUUUAAUUGAUAUCCAUGAAGUGGAAUUAAAGUGCACAGCAAUGUGUUUAUUAGAUAGCAUUACAGAGGCCAGCCAGAUAACUAGCUAAAAGGACAUUUAAUUUUGUUUAUUCUCAAGACUUGAUAAAUAAAGUAAUGGAACCAAUUACCACAAACCACUUUGAAUUUCAGCUUGCUUUCCUAAUCAUCACACCAUCUUACUUAUAUCUGGAUACUGCCUUUGAUAUUGCUCUGGUAUAAUGCUUCUUAUUAGCUUUUCUGCAUGAUUAAAAAGUUUGACCAGGGUGGCCCAGAAAGAUAUGCCAGCAGAAUUAAUGAGCUUGGUAGUUUUUGUUAUGAAACUGUUGACAAAGUCACUGUGGUCAUCUGAUCACCUUCUGCUGGAUAUGAUGCAUGCCGUAGAACAGCCACCAAGAAGUGCAAUGGCAAAUCGAUAUCAUGCCUUCAGGAAACAUCUCCACAAGACAGGACCUAUCAUGGGAUUGGAGAAAUAAAGUCUUGAUCCUUACUUCAAAAUCUCUCAGCAUUUAGAGGUCAAUCUCUGGCUAACUGAUAAUAUGCAUAAAAUCUGCAAUUCUCAUCCAGGUAUCUAUUCAAAGCAAUACACUAACAAUUUCAGAAAUCAUAAGCAUCUUUUUUUAAUAUGAAUAAAGCUAUUCAUCAAUACACCUUCGUUACUGAUGGAAUGUGUGUUGUGUGUACAGUGACUGUUUUUUUCAGUCAAAUAGCAUGUUAAAUAAUAUAUGAAAAUAAACAUUUUUAAGGACUGUACAACACAAUGUAAAAUGUAUUUGGUAAAUAUGUUUCCUUGUAAAUAGAAGUUAUAUUUACUGCAAAAUUAAAUAAAUUGUGCAAACUA